AUUUGGGUGUUUGGGGAGUUCCCGCUCGCAGGGGCUCCGCAGUCUACCAGCUUCUAAACUGGAUCGAAGACGGAGAGUGAACAGGCCCCGGACAACAAUGACUGAUGCUAGGGGAACAGCGAUCGGCAUCGACCUGGGCACCACCUACUCGUGCGUGGGGGUGUUCCAGCACGGCAAGGUGGAGAUCAUCGCCAACGACCAGGGCAACCGCACCACCCCCAGCUACGUGGCGUUCACCGACACGGAGCGGCUGAUCGGGGAUGCGGCCAAGAACCAGGUGGCCAUGAACCCCCAGAACACCGUCUUUGAUGCCAAACGUCUGAUCGGUCGGAAAUUUAACGAUCCUGUCGUGCAGUCAGAUAUGAAACUUUGGCCUUUUCAAGUGAUCAAUGAAGGAGGCAAGCCCAAGGUGGUGGUGUCCUAUAAAGGGGAGAAUAAGGCUUUUUACCCCGAGGAGAUCUCGUCCAUGGUGCUGACGAAGAUGAAGGAGAUCGCUGAGGCCUUUUUGGGCCACCCUAUCACCAAUGCUGUGAUCACCGUGCCCGCCUACUUCAACGACUCGCAGCGCCAGGCCACCAAGGACGCGGGCGUGAUCGCGGGGCUGAACGUGCUGCGGAUCAUCAACGAGCCCACGGCGGCCGCCAUCGCCUACGGGCUGGACCGCACGGGCAAGGGCGAGCGCAACGUGCUCAUCUUCGACCUGGGCGGGGGCACCUUCGACGUGUCCAUCCUGACGAUCGACGACGGCAUCUUCGAGGUGAAGGCCACGGCGGGCGACACGCACCUGGGCGGGGAGGACUUCGACAACCGGCUGGUGAGCCACUUCGUGGAGGAGUUCAAGAGGAAGCACAAGAAGGACAUCAGCCAGAACAAGCGGGCCGUGCGGCGGCUGCGCACGGCCUGCGAGAGGGCCAAGCGGACGCUGUCGUCCAGCACGCAGGCCAGCCUGGAGAUCGACUCGCUGUUUGAGGGCGUGGACUUCUACACGUCCAUCACGCGGGCGCGCUUCGAGGAGCUGUGCGCGGACCUGUUCCGCGGCACGCUGGAGCCCGUGGAGAAGGCCCUGCGCGACGCCAAGCUGGACAAGGCGCAGAUCCACGACCUGGUGCUGGUGGGCGGCUCCACGCGCAUCCCCAAGGUGCAGAAGCUGCUGCAGGACUUCUUCAACGGGCGCGACCUCAACAAGAGCAUCAACCCGGACGAGGCGGUGGCCUACGGGGCGGCGGUGCAGGCGGCCAUCCUGAUGGGGGACAAGUCGGAGAACGUGCAGGACCUGCUGCUGCUGGACGUGGCGCCCCUGUCGCUGGGGCUGGAGACGGCCGGGGGCGUGAUGACGGCGCUCAUCAAGCGCAACUCCACCAUCCCCACCAAGCAGACGCAGGUCUUCACCACCUACUCGGACAACCAGCCCGGGGUGCUGAUCCAGGUGUACGAGGGCGAGCGCGCCAUGACGCGCGACAACAACCUGCUGGGCCGCUUCGAGCUCAGCGGCAUCCCGCCGGCGCCCCGCGGCGUGCCCCAGAUCGAGGUGACCUUCGACAUCGACGCCAACGGCAUCCUCAACGUCACGGCCACCGACAAGAGCACGGGCAAGGCCAACAAGAUCACCAUCACCAACGACAAGGGCCGGCUGAGCAAGGAGGAGAUCGAGCGCAUGGUUCUGGACGCUGAAAAAUAUAAAGCUGAAGAUGAGGCCCAAAGGGAGAAAAUUGCUGCCAAAAACGCCUUAGAAUCCUAUGCUUAUAACAUGAAGAGUGCCGUCAGCGAUGAUGGCUUGCAGGGCAAGAUUAGUGAGUCCGAUAAAAAGAAAAUACUGAGUAAAUGCGAAGAGGCCCUUUCCUGGCUGGAAGCCAAUCAACUGGCUGAGAAAGAUGAGUUUGACCAUAAGAGGAAAGAGUUGGAACGGGUGUGCAAUCCAGUCAUCACAAAGCUCUACCAGGGAGGAUGUACUGGGCCUGCAUGUGGAGCGGGGUACACGCCCGGAAGGCCUGCAGCAGGCGGCCCCACCAUCGAAGAAGUAGAUUAAUGUUUUCUGGAGCCAGAGGGUUCUAAGGGGGCUUCUAGGUCAAUUUUAUUCCUUUCCCCUUCAGACAUUCUUAAGAUUCCUGGAUUGACUGAACCUGAACCUAAGUUGCCAUCCCUUUGGAUUCUGACAGAGAAGUCUAAAAAAUCACCCUUUCAUACUCCAACAUCCCAUCUGUGGCUCUGAAAUGGACUUUUUAAGGAAAACUGGGCCCCUCUCUGAACCCUCUGGGGAUUUUGAGUGUCUCUUAUUUAUUACCAGCCACACUCUUUCUUCUUCCUGUGAGGACGGUUGUCACUCAGUAAAUGUGUUCCUAAAGCAAAUUACUUCUGGUACUUUUAGGCUAUGAGCGUACUUUGUGGAGUAAAGGACAGAUGAUUGAGAAUGUGUGUUCUCUAUGAGGUGGUUGUGAAUGAUUGAUUUGGUAAGGCGGAAGUGUUUUCAUGAGCUCAUUGUUUCAACAGGAAACUAAUUCUCAGUCCUCAGACACUUUUAGCACAGAUGCAGCUGUUGGUAACUGGUUACUGCUCAGAACCAAUGAUAAUCUGG